AUUGGCCGCUGGACUCGCACAUGUCCUGUGUUUGAUAUAUUCAACAACAGGGUUGUAAUGUUCAAGGAUUCUUGGCGCAUGUCAUUAAAGGAUGUUCUACCGGAAGGUGAGACUCACAAAUUAUUGAAGUCGCACAAUGUUCGUAAUGUCACAUCAUGCAUCGCAUUUAAUGAUGUGAUCCACACUACUCCUGAGCAAAACACCCAGGACUGUCAAGCUGUCACUCCCCACAUUCUUCACCGCCUGGUUCUCGAUCUUGUAGGCGAGCAAUUGACUGAUUUUGAGAGUUCUCGUGAACUCGUCCAGUCUGUUCGUGACGCAUUACUUGCCCACCAGGAUGCAUCUAAAAAUGCAAAAAUAUUACAUCAAGAUCUCAGCGUCAGAAAUAUCGUUAUCUACCGAGGGAGGGGCUUUCUCAUCUAUUGGGACUUAGCAAAGGUCCUUGACAAACCACCUGCACGGUAUGGAACCUGGCAGUUCAUGUCUGCUCACCUCAUUAAAAAUAAUUUUGCUGUCCAUGCUGUCGAGGAUGACCUCGAAUCUGGUCUGUACGUCGUUCUGUGGACAGCCUUGAAGUACAGGGAGAGCUACAUGAGCGUCAUUGACCGGAUGCAAUUCAUUUUGCAGAUCUUUGACGCUGAU